AUGAAGUUUACGUUAGAGAACCAAGUUGUGUUGAUCACUGGUGGUUCACAAGGUCUGGGGAAGGAAUUUGCCAAAAAAUAUUAUAAUGAGGCUGAAAACACAAAAAUUAUUAUCGUCAGUAGGUCAGAGGCUAAACUACUGGAUACAUGUAACGAGAUUAGGAUUGAAGCUCACUUAAGAAGGGAAACUACUGACGAGGGCCAGGUGCAACAUAAAUUGGCCGCGCCCUUGGACCUUGAGCAACGGUUGUUUUACUACCCAUGCGACUUGUCCUGCUAUGAAUCCGUGGAAUGUUUGUUUAAUGUCUUGAGAGACUUGAAUUUGCUCCCUACACAAACUUUAUGCUGUGCAGGAGGGGCCGUUCCUAAGUUAUUUCGCGGGUUGAGCGGACAUGAUUUGAACCUGGGUAUGGACAUCAACUAUAAAACAACUUUGAACGUGGCCCAUCAGAUUGCUCUUGCAGAGCAAACCAAGGAACACCACCUCAUCAUCUUUUCCAGCGCUACCGCUCUUUACCCAUUUGUGGGUUAUUCGCAGUAUGCGCCUGCGAAGGCUGCAAUCAAAUCUCUGGUAGCAAUUCUAAGACAAGAGUUGACGAACUUCCGUAUCAGUUGUGUGUACCCCGGUAACUUUGAAAGUGAGGGUUUCACUCUAGAACAGGUAACAAAACCCGAAAUUACAAAAUUGAUCGAAGGUCCUUCAGACGCUAUUCCAUGUAAACAAGCAUGUGAUAUUAUUGCCAAGUCACUGGCUAGAGGCGAUGAUGAUGUCUUUACAGAUUUUGUCGGAUGGAUGAUGAUGGGGAUGGACCUUGGGCUCACCGCAAAGAAAAGCCGCUUUGUUCCGUUGCAGUGGAUUUUUGGUGUCUUAUCAAACAUUCUAGUAGUGCCCUUCUACAUGGUUGGCUGUUCCUGGUAUAUCAGGAAAUGGUUUCGUGAAAAUGAUGGCAAGAAGGCCAAUUGA